AUGCCUGAAAUCCGCAAGGCAAUAAUAAUAGGUGCCGGCCCAGCCGGCUUAGCAACGGCACUGCGUCUCCAAAAGCACAACAAAAUAAGCUGCAUAAUCUACGAACUACGCCCAGAGCCAACAACUCUCGGCGGCGCAAUUGCAAUCCUAUCCAAUGGCCUGCGACUUUUCGACCGAUUGGGCGUUUAUGAUGAUCUCUUGCGUUAUGGGUAUGCAGGCUCGAAGCUUACGUUGCAUUCUAUGCGUGGCGGUGUGGUGGGCGCGCAGGAUGCUGUUGGGUGGGCUAGGCAUAUGACUGGUUUUGGGUAUUUGAGGAUUCGACGGGUUGAUCUGGUGGGAGUUUUGUUGAAGGCUGCUAGGAGGGAGGGGAUUGAGGUUAGGUUUGGGAUGAAGAUGAAGGGGAUUGAGGACUUGCAUGGGGAACUUGGGAUCAAGGUUCUGUUUGAGGAUGGGUCGUGUGAUACGGCUGAUUUGUUGCUUGGCUGCGAUGGCAUUCAUUCGCAGGUUCGGAGGGAGUUUGUUGAUCCGUUGCAGGAGCCUGAAUAUUCUGGAAUUGCGGGUUCGUUUUCGCUUAUCCCCGCUAGGGAGUUGCCUGCUGGGUCUGUGGGUUGUAUGGUUGGCUUGCAUGCUAUGAUGACAGAGGAGGGAAUGUUUUUGGUUAACCCUUGUACCCCUGACAAGGAUGAGAUUAUGUGGAGCUUUUCUCGCGAGGUUGCUCUGCCUGACUCUGGGGAUAGUCGUGAUGGGUGGGAGGAACAUCGCAAGGCUGAGGUGGAGGGGUUCAAGGAUAAUCUUUUGCGAAUCCUUGAGGGCUCUCAGGGGGAGUGGAGCGAGACUGUGAAGAGUCUUGUGAGGAAGACUACGGUUGUCAAGUUUCAUCCUGUCUACAGGCUACCUCUUGGUGGGCGGUGGUAUAAAGGUCGAUGUCUUCUGCUCGGCGAUGCAGGUCAUGCAAUGUCACCGCAUGCUGGACAAGGCGUUUCUAUGACUCUCGAGGAUGCUUUCCUGCUUUCACGACUGCUAGAAGAUUCCAAUCGCUCACUGCCUGAUGUCUUUGCAAAGUUCGAUGACAUUCGUCGACCCCGCUUGAAUGAGAUUUAUACUCAAGCUGCGAGGAAUGCUGGUUCACGAAGAAAGACCGGCCCCUGGGGGUUGUGGAUGAAGGAGAGCGCAUGGAGCAUAUACUCAAAUCUCUCCUGGGCAUUCGGAUUAGAUAAAUUAGGGCUUGGACAGAAGCAUUUGGCUUAUGAUAUUGCCGAGGCAGAGCUGUGA